AUGGCUGUAUAUCACUUCUCAUUCACCGGGACAACUCAGAGCCAAACUUUACCUCAAGGAAGAUAUAAGUUCGAAGUUUGGGGUGCGCAGGGUGGCGGAAUUGAUACAUCCCAUAAUUCACAGUCAGGUGAAGGUGGGAAGGGAGGUUAUUCAAUCGGUUUUAUUAAUUUUACGGCUAGCACAAAAGUGUUUGUUAAUGUUGGAGGCGUUGGACAAUAUAAUAUUAAUGGAAAAGCACUUGGUGGGUUUAAUGGCAGCAGAUGUGCGUGGGAAAAUGAUGUUGGCGAACCAGCGCACGGUGGUGGUGGAGGAACUGAUAUCAGAAUAAAUCAAAAUGAAUUAUUAGCCAGAGUUAUUGUAGCUGGUGGUGGUGGAGGUGGAGCCGAAGAUCCGGGUCGUCAUGGAGGCUGUGGUGGUGGUAUUACAGGAAGAGGGAAUACAUCUGGAGAUAAAUAUUACGGAACUCAAAACUCGUCAUCUAGCGGAGGUGGUUUUUUUCAGGGAGCGCAUACUCCCUAUGAGGGCGGCGGUGGAGGAGGGGGAUGGUAUGGAGGAGGGACAAUUGCUGGAUCACAAACAGAACCAACUACAAAGUAUGUGGGUGAUACUCGUGGUGGUUCAGGUGGUAGCGGUUAUGUUUAUACUUCGUUCAGUGCUGUUUUCUACCCAAGCGGCUGUCUCCUCAAUUCAUCCUAUUUCCUUGAUAACGCAAUUACCAUUUCAGGUGGUGAACAGGUCACAGAACCGGAAGGAGUUGUGGGUAUUGGUCAUUCAGGAAAUGGUUACGCAAGGAUUACGUCAAUUUCCAUUGAUAAGGUUGGAAAAUGUUUAACUAUACAAGUUGACUAUCAUAGAUAUGUUUUCAUACCAUUACUUAUUGCUUUUAUUGAAAUUUUUUCCGUAAUUCAACAUUAA